AACCCAAAGGCAACAAGCCAAAAAUAUUCCUCUGGAUAAGGAAAUGCCUGCCCAUCGCACUUGGGGAGGAUAAAUAGCCGGGAAGCGGGUGCAGCUGGGGUGGGGUGUGGGUGCGGGUGGGUGGUCGUGCUCAGGGUGGGGAGCUGUUGAGGGGGCACAGAGCGGCGGGGAUUUUGGGCAGAGCUCUGCUUUGUCCCGCCAUGGCUUUCGGGCAGCUGGAAUUCAAGGAGCUGGGCGAGGAGGAGCCCACCUGGGAGGAGGAGAACCUGGAGAGCCUGAAGGCGCUGGCGGCCCGGCUGCAGCUGCAGACGCGGCGCCCCUCGUACCUGGAGUGGCAGGCCCGGCUGGGGGGGCAGCGCCGGGGCAGCCCCGGGGCGGAGCGGAGCCCCGGGCACCCCCGCGAGCAGCGGGACGGGGCCGUCCGUGGCUUUGCCAGCGUGGAGGCGGCUCUGGAGUGGCUCAGGACGGAGCUGCGGGAGAUGCAGGCCCUGGACCAGCGGCUGGCGCAGCAGCUGAUGCGGCUGCGGGCGCGGCUGCAGCGGCUGAAGGUGGAGCAGGCCUGCCGGCAGCACAAGGAGAUGCUGGACGACGCCACCUUCAUCCUCGAGGGCUGCGAGGAAGACUCGGAUCUGCUGUGCACCAUCCCCCCCAAGGCCGCCUUCCUGCUCUCCACGCCGCUCAAGCACAUCGGCGUCACCCGCAUGAACAUCAACUCCCGCCGCUUCUCCCUGUGCUGAGCACCCCCCGCCCCUCCCGAGGGCACCCAU